AAUACAAAUUGACGCCAGUUGGCUGAGACAAAAAAAAAAAAAAAAAAAUCUGACUUUGGAUAGCGUCUGCACCACAAACGGAGAAGUAGGCCGACAGGUUAAUACAGUCUGCGGUCUGAACCGACAGCAUACAGGGCUGGGAAAGAUUAAGGCCCUCGGACAGCGCUAAUAUUAGUUAACUGACCCACUUGAACUCGUCUACUUUAUCAAAAAGGAGAAGUAAGCUAUAACUCAGAACUGAUGAUACAAUAAUUUUGGGAUUAGUAACUAAGCAGCACAAGCUCAUGUGGCUAGAGGAGGAUUCCCACUUCAAACUGCGGUCUGCUUGACCGGAUAAACUAACAUGGGAUUGGAGAUAUCGUGCAUGUGUAAUGGUGGCCUCGGGUUAAACUGCAGAGCGGCUGCUUGUGGCUCCAAGCCAGAACUGACGAUUUUUUUUUUUUUUUUUCCGAAGCUUCCCGAGCACAGCCGAUCUCAAAUGGUCCACAAACCCGAGAUCAACCGAAACUCUUAUUCAGUUACUACCGAUCCGGCCCCAUUGAAGUGUGUUGUUGUCGGGUUGGGGGUGGUGGGGUGGAAGAGAUUCAUGAAAUAAAGAAAAAAAAAAAAAGGCGAUUUCCUGAAACCAUCACUCCUGAGCCCCUCCCAGUCCAGUGAUUUCGGAUUCGAAGCUUGACAAAGACUAUUCAAGAUGAAAGUAAUCAGCGCUUUGGUGCUUUGCGCCCUGUUCUGCACUGUUGUGUCAGCAUCUUUGAAAGUCAAAGAGGAACACAGGACAGCUUUCUUUGGCGAGGACGUUCACAUCGAUGUCCCGCCUGGGAACGUUAGUGAGGUUGUGUUCAAACCCAGGACCAAUCGCUCCUCUGAGGUGGUUCUGCUGCAAGCAGGCCAGGUGGUGAAUUCACGGGGCCGUAUCAACUCUCGGAGCCACCUUGUGCUGGAGGACGUGCAGGAGGAGGACGAGGGGUUGUACGUCAUCAAGAACACCAACAACCCCAACACAGCCAAGCACUUCAUCCUCAUUGUCAGGGACUGCGCUUUGGAGCAAGUGGUGAAGUAUGGAGAAUCUUACUACAUCCAUCUCAACCACAUCGAAGGCCCCAUCACCCUGGAGUUCAGGCCCAGUCUGGUUCAGGCCAAUCAGACUGAGACACAGCACACAACAGAGCCUCCACCCGUGGUGCUGUACAACCAGACGGCAGUGUCGGCAGAAGAGUAUGUGGGACGCCUCAGUGUGUCGGAGAAACGGGUGACGCUGCACUCUGUCAGGAUGACCGACGAGGGGAGCUUUACAGUGCUGGACCGUGAGGGUAAAGUCAGGAGGAGGAACUGUCUGAAUGUCAGAGAGCACCAGAACUUCAUGCACCUUUCCUAUGGAGAAAACCUGAAAAUUAAACUCUACGUGCACCAUUCCAAUGUUAACAUUGUCUACAGGCGCAAAUCAGACAAUCAGGACCAGGUCAUCCUGGACCAGGGGGUUCUGGUGACACAGCUGGACCCUCUGCUAGAGGGUAGGCUGACUGUGGAGGGAUCAGAGCUCAUCAUGAAGAAGGUCCAUGUGGCCGACACGGGUGUCUUCAAAGUGACAGAUCUGGCUGGGUUUCCUGUGGCUCAUGUCUACAUAGAGGCAGACGCCUAUAAACUGCCUCCCCUGACUGUAGCCAUCCUCUCCCUGCUGUGCCUGAUCGCUCUCAUGCUGCUGGUGUGCUUGCUGUCCUGUCUCUAUAAAAUGCAUAAGAGGAACGAGAAGAGCAAGAAGCUGAUGCUCAUUGCUCAGCAGGCUGGCAAGGGAGACGGCGAGGCUUUCAGACAGGUCGUCCAUGAGGCUUACACCAGGUUCGCUGAGGAAUCUCUGAUGCAGUCUGUGUGUGAUAAGACCUCGGAGAGCACAGAGGUCACAAUCAAGGGCCUUGAGGUGUCCAAACCAGGCCGCUACCAUGCUCUCACCUCAGACAAUUUUCUGGAGGUGAGUGACUCUGGGGUGGAGUUUACCAUCUCUGGCUUCCCACUGGACAGUGACACUGAUGCUGCGAUGACCUACGCCUCCCACAAGCCCCUCCUGAAUGCCAUCUCCCCUACAGCCGUGACUGGAGGAGUUCACUCCGACAGCCUGGAGGCCACAGUGGCCCCCCACAGCGACCUCAGCGCCAGCCGGACCCCUGACUCUGCCAUGAGUGCCAGCCCCGCCUCCAAUCCUCGCUCACUUGCAGCUGACACUCCCGAUGGCAGCCUGCGCGGUGCUGCAUCGCCUGGAACGGCCUCCAGGGGUACCGCUGGGUCGGAUUCAGCCAAGACAGAGGGAGGGGCAGAGAACGGAGAAGUUUGGCUGAAGGAGGAAUCAGCUCAGAGCACCUGAGAUGAUGCACCAGGGUGUAUUUGUUUUAGCUCAUGGUCCUUAUACAGUAAUGACAUCCACAACCAUCUGGCUGUGUUUCUGUGAACCUAUCAUAUCCAAACACCACCAAGCCCUUGAUCACUGCAUUUGAAACAACAUCACAGACAAAAUAUUCAUGCUUGGAUCCGGAUGUCAGUUUAGCCUAGAAGAAAAUAAUAAAAAGGCAGUUGCACAAAAUGCACAAUACAAAAUAAUGCACUAAAUGAGAUGCAAAAGAGUAACCCCAAGCUCUAUCAAAAGAGGAACAAAGCAAUUCUGUGCAUAUGGAAAAUGCAUGCAUUUAAAUUAAACAUUAAAGUAGAUAUCAUAGUUCAGAUCUACAGGAUAAUGCCGACGUUAGAGUAGACUGAAUGCAUGCAAGCUUCAAUGGGCCAAAGAAACAGAGGCUCAAACAGAAGUUAUGAUGAUGUGAAAAGGGUAAAACACUCAGCACUUUUAGGAAAACACCGAAAUGGGAUCAAAUGAUUUUAGCUCUUGUCGAAAGGUUGUCAAAAAAACACUACAUGAGUUUGACAGUUUGACAGGUAGAGUCAGUAGGCUCCAAGGAAUCAGACAUUAUUUUCUAAGACCAAGGCUACUAACAACAACAGCAAAGAGCUUCUCCUGUAUUGAGGUGAAUCUCAAUGUGUUGCCUCUGACAGCACUUUUGUCUGCUCUCACGGCAUCAGACAAACACUGCAAUGAUUGUUCAUUUCAUUCCACCCACACACAUACUCUAUUAUUAACAGUACAAGUAUGUCAGAUAGUGUCUCCACCUCGCAGACAGAACUGCUUGUCUCAGCACUCAUUCACCGCUAUCCAUGAGAAAAACCUCCUCAACGUAUUCUUCCUAAAAAACCUGCAAACCGAAACAAGCUCUGUCAAUUGAACACCACCACUCCUAUGCGAGCGCCGCUGGUUGUUUUACUUUCUCUCAUAUAUUGGGUGUCAAAUCAGACACAUUUGAAGGCAUCAUCUAAAGAAACCUGUCGAAGACGUCCACCUCAUCUCACUCCCGCUAAUGAUGAAUGCCAGAGAAAACAUGCACAAGAACGACAGCUAACUGAAGAAACCACCCUCAUCUAUUUUUAUUUUUCCCCCAGUGGAGUUGUCACAAGCCCUGUAAGAGCAAAAUGAAAUUCGGAGAAUACUGCAACACUUCUGGGACUUUUGGUACAGCUCCUGGGAACGUAAUUGGAUUCUCUGUCUCUUCACAGAAGGACCGAUUCACCACAGUGAGUGUGGGAGAGAGGAGUGGUGAUAAAAGAGACGACAGAGAUGGAACAGGGUACUAUUCGGGUAACAGAUAAAUGACUUGCAUGAUUUAAAGCCUCCUAUUUUCAUCUCAGCCCCCAUCCAUUGGACAGAGCUCUGAUUAUCGUAGCUCAGUUGUUUGCCAAAAUGAAGUGACUGGAAAGACGCAGUUGGAUCAAUCUGUGAUAACGAUGCAGCCUACAGCCCCAAUGGAAUGAGACUGAAUAACAGUGAAUAUGAGAGGUGUGUGUGUGUGUGUGUGUGUGUGUGGAGGGGGGUUCACACAAAGCAUCCUACAAUAUUAGACAUUCAGUGCGCUACAUGAUUCCUUUCAGUCCAAGAAAAAUAGGAAAUGAAAAAGAGGAGGAGAUUCUCAGACUAUAAAAAUCCUGGAUUAAUGGUUAAAGUAAUAUCAAUAACUAAAAAACUGUGAGUCCAUACAUUUGCUGCUGGUGCUCCAUGAAUCCAAACCCACUAUACAAUUCAGUGACACUGAUGCUACUGUUGACCAGUAAUAGUAUUACAAAGGUGUCUCGCUCAAAAUCUGCUUAACCAUCGAAGUAAGGAAGGUCAAAUAUUUACACCUACUCCAGUUUAAAUAUAUUAAGCUACUCUGUGACCAGGUUACGCUUUUAUUGAGUCAAGGGCAUUCAAAUCCCAAUAACUGAGUUCAUACUGUAGAUUUGUUUACUUUAAAGAGCUCUAAAUCAUGUGCGUUU